CUUUUGACUCUUUCAUUCUUUAUUUUAUAUAAUAUUGAAUAAAAACUCUCCUUGAUCUUAUAAAUUAAUGUUUCCAAAUCAUUUAAAUAUAAAUAAUAUGGUUGAUGUUUCCUUAACUUCUCCGUAACCCAUGAAUCAUUUACAAUUUGCAUAUCCAAGAGAAUCCUCACUAUCCUUCUAAAUCCUUUACAAGUCAUUGAUUAUUAAUAAACGACGUGUCAUAGGAUAAUUGGAUGUUAUUAAUAUCCUAUUAUUAAUUUACUGAUUUAUUAGAAAUAACCAACAAAAUCUAUCUAGAGAUGGACUCCUCUCAAUCUCAUCUCCCAAAUCUCCUUGCUUCAUUUGUUACAAUCCAUCAAUUACCUCUUAUUUAUUAUCUUCUCUUCCCUUCUCUUCUUCUUUCCCCUACAUUGCCAUUAGUUCAAUGAAGGGUUUACAUUAACUUCUUGUUAUAGCUAUACCCAUUAUUUGUUUUUUGCUUGUUAUGGGGUUAGUUGAAUCCUUGUUAGAGAAUGAAGCAAGAAAGUUCAUCAAGAGAAAAGAUAGCGAUGCAGGUCGAGCAUUGGAAGAACUCAGAAGUUCUCUAUAUAAUGAUUUUCGAACUUCAGAAGGAGCCAAGAGGCAACAGCAGCGAUUUUGUGGGCCGGUUGUGGCUAUGACCUUCAAUUUCAUGGUGGCUGUUGGGGUUAUCAUGACAAACAAAUUAGUGAUGGGGAAAAUUGGCUUUAACUUUCCAAUUUUUCUCACAUUGAUCCAUUAUACUACAGCAUGGAUUUUGCUUGCCAUUUUCAAGACAUUGUCGCUGCUUCCAGUCUCCCCUCCUUCCAAAACUACUCCUUUCACUUCACUUUUCUCUUUAGGAGUUGUUAUGUCUUUCGCCUCCGGCCUUGCCAAUGCCAGCCUUAAGCAUAACAGUAUUGGUUUCUAUCAAAUGGCUAAAAUUGCAGUAACUCCUACCAUAGUUCUUGCUGAGUUUGUUCUGUUUAGAAAAGCCAUUUCACAUAAAAAGGUUUUGUCUCUAGUUAUUGUUUCAGCGGGUGUGGCAAUUGCAACAGUAACAGAUUUACAAUUCAACUUCUUUGGUGCUUGCAUUGCAAUUGUAUGGAUCAUUCCAAGUGCUAUAAACAAAAUUCUUUGGUCGAAUCUGCAACAACAAGCCAAUUGGACUGCUCUUUCGUUGAUGUGGAAGACCACCCCAGUAACAAUUUUGUUUUUAUUAGCAUUGAUGCCUUGGCUAGAUCCACCAGGGGCUUUAUUGUUCAAGUGGAAUCUACACAGCUCAUCAGCAAUUCUCAUAUCAGCUCUCUUGGGAUUUCUCCUGCAAUGGUCUGGUGCUUUGGCUCUCGGGGCAACAUCUGCAACCUCUCAUGUGGUUUUAGGACAAUUUAAGACUUGCGUGAUAUUAUUGGGUGGCUAUCUAAUUUUCAAUUCAGAUCCUGGGAUUAUGAGCAUUGGUGGAGCUAUUAUAGCUCUAUGUGGAAUGUCAGCUUAUGCAUCACUCAACUUAAAAGAGUCCGGUGAAAAUUCGAUGAACCAACUUCAGAAGCAAACCUUACCUGUAUCAAAAUCCAAAACAGAAUCUAAAGCAACAAGUGAAGAUACCACAAGCUUAGAUUCAAUCACAACCACUAGUGCAAAUGUUGUCUAGGAGGGAAUGGUUUUCUAGGAUUGUUGUCUAUGGUUAGAAAGAGUAUAGUCAUAGGAAAUCUGAUUCAACUAUGUAGAAGAAAACAAUUUGCAAGCUUACCAUUGACUUCAUCUCGCUUUCACUUGAUGAUUCAAUGUUUUACUGCAUCA